CGUUGGCAUGUUGUGGCACCUCCACAAAUAGCUCUUAGGCCAGCCCUUCUUCCUUUCCACCCGCGUCGAGCACCAACUUCGGCACGCAGAACCACUCACAGAUAAGAUAAAACACUUGUACUCCUUACUUUCAACCUGUUAAAGAAUCAAACGCCAUCGAUUCCAGUUCCAGUCAGUCAGUUCGUGCCACAACACAUCGAAUCGGGAAGCUUCGCGCCAUGGGAUUAAAGCUGAAAUGGUUCCGAAGGCGACUCACCUUCGAAGGAAUUCCAUCCGCGCCGGAGCGGAGCACGCGCCGAAAGGAGCACAAUACCGGAAUUACCGUUAUCGGAGUUUAUCGGCAGAGCGUGAAUUAUGAAGACUACAUUGAACCGACGCGAUCAUCGUACAGCUGGGAACCGGCGAGUCAUCCCUUUGUGACCACGACCAUCAGAAAACCGGCCACGUCCGUACCAUUAGCAUCGACAUCUGCUGCUGCGACGACAACGACGACCCUUGAGAAACGCACCGCUUCACCAGAUAAGAUAGCGGCGGCUCCGAAGACGAAGAAGUCGUCAACACCAGCCAGAGAAACGCCUCCACAGCCGACCUACUCCCCUCCCAAACCCCCAGUUCGGAAGAGUCUGGUUAAAACAAAAUCCACCCCAAACAUAGCGACCGCGGCGGCGUCACUAGAACCGGUAACGCUGGAGGUGACCCGCUCCGUUGAGGUGCUCAACGAAGGUUCGGUCCCGCUGAGUCGGAGUCCCGCGGCCAGAUCUACAACAAUCGUUAGCAGGAAUUCCGACACCGAAAUCUACAACGAACGUAGCGUUGAUGUUGACGGCGAUUCGCUGGGUUCGUUUGGGAAGGUCAAGAGCACCACCAGGUCACCUCCACCGGAAAAGGAUAGUCCAGAGGCGGUACCCGAGGAGUUGUGGAAGCAGAAGCAGCCGGAGUUUUUCAACGAAAUUCUGCAGAAAGUAAACGGUUUGGCAGCAGCGUCCAAAUCCCCGGAACUCGAUCGGCCAGCAAAACCGAAAGAACCAGCGUUGGAGGAUGACGCCGAAUCGUUCAACGAUAUAUUCCAAAAGGUCAAAGCGCGACCUCGAAACCCUGCCGAUGGCCAGGAGUCUCCCAAGCCGGAACCCAUUGUCGAAGCAUUCCCCAUCAACCGGAAACGAUCGAUCGAGGACAUCUUCGAGCCACGGAAACCGGAACUGGUUCCAGAUGUUCUUAUAACCACAGCCCCGCAGAUCGUAGACCCCAACCCGUCUCCAAAACCCAUCAAAUCAAUCCUGAAGAAGCGAGCUCCUGGUCCACCACCAACCUCUCCCCAACCCGCACCACCAACGGUGACCAUGGAAAUCCCAACGCCACCCCCUCGAUCCAUUCGCAAGGAGGAACCAAUCCCGAUGAAACGAACCGUCAACGAAGACUCCGACGACGACGACUACGACACCUGGAACAUGGUCGAACGGCACCGAUCCUCGAUCAGCCAAACCGCCGCCCGUGUCGAUCCGGAAGUCGUGCGAAACGUCCCCACCAGUCUGCAGCUUCCGCGACAAUCCGUCCCAUCGGAACCGCCGCGAACGCUACGUGGCAUGCGAGACUACCACCACAAACAACAACAACCCAACGCCAGCAGCAGUGACGGUGGUGACGGUCUAUUUCUGGGAAGACACGCACGCGGCGCUCGUGACAGCGAAUCGACCCUUUCCGAAGCGUCCGCCUAACUAAUCUUAUCUAAUCGCGGCGACAGCAUUGUCUAGUGUUCAAGUGCAAAUAAAUGCUACUCACAAUG